AUGGUUACCACUGAGCCUGGCGAGGGCGAAGUCUAUGUGAACUCUGUGUUCGUCCGGUUUUACGCAGUUCAUUAUGUCAACUGCGAGGUCAUGAGAUCAAGUGAUACCAACUUGGCAUUAUACUUGGCUAGAAUCAUUUAUCACUGCUCCCAGUUUUUGGAACUCAAGAUAUUGUUUUUGGACCCAUGCACGCAUAAAUCUGAUGACAGAGAUACAUAUCAGAUGCUUGGGGCAAAUUUUCUUUUCACUUCCUCUUUUCUCGACUGGCUUGGACAAAUCUCCAAAAUCAACAUGGAGGUAGUAUGCAGCCUGCAUAAGUCAUUCUCACAAAAAAUUGUUUUGUGCAAAUCCCGUUGGAGGCAGGCAGCUUACUGCAUACCCAUCUACCUAGUACUCACACAUUUAAAAGCCAAUAACCAAGCAUAUCUCAUCCUUGGGUGGCCACGACAAUCGCGGGGUAUUGAGAGGCGCACUUGGCGUUACGAGUUGAUCAAGACCGGCAAUGCACAUGUCGUCCUGGGCGAAGUCCGGUGCACUGGGCCACGGAGCUCGCCCGCGGAACCCUGUGCCAUGGAUUACAGCUCACGAGCGACGGUUGCGCUCCGAAUUCCUAUUCAGUUCUCAGCAAGUGAACGAGUGGUUACGAUGGCCCAUUCCCCCAAUCUUGUUGAAGCAGCGCGCGAUGUAAUCCAGCAAUCACUUCACCUAACUUCGCAAAGGGAUCUCCAAGAUUACAGUCGAUGGUUCAUUCCUCGAGGUCAAUUAUUCACUGUGUUGAGCCGCGAGAGGGUCAAAGAGUUUCUGCAAAUACUCCUUGAUCCUGGUGUUUAUACCGAGCCUCUUGUUGACAAAAUCGCCACCUUCAUAAGUCCGAAAAAGGAGGCCUGCGAGUGCGGAGAAUCAUGCUGUACUGGUCUAAGAAUCAUGUUCUCGGCUUUUCUGUCCAUGGCCCGAGAAGACUUGAUCAUUAGUUGUUGGCGAGCCUCGCCCUCUCUUUGCGAUAGCUUGUGGCCGAUCAAUGCGGCAGAUGCGCGCACAGCGCAUCAUUCAGCGAUACAGGAAAUUCUCCGACCUCUCCAUUUGGAAGAGAAAGAUCUUGUAUUUCAGGAACAGUGGCCCAUGAGAUCACCGUACUUUACAAAAAUGUUUCCGUCAGGACACGAAUAUCACCAACGACUUCCAAACGAUGUAAGCCUACCAUGGACAGAAUUAGAGGUCCGGGAAAAGUGGAAUAGACGCCAACGAACCUUUGUACGGAGAAUCAAGAUUCACCAAGAUCACCAUGCGCUAGGAAUGCCAGGAGACAGUUUUGCGCUGAAAGCCUUCGAAAAGGGUCGAAAUUUGAAAUUCGCUGCAGAAAGAUUUAGGAGCGAAAUCGCAUCGAAUCAGAAGGUGACACAUCCAAACGUUGUCGCGUUUCUCACAGCCUUCGAACAUAGAGACGCCUUCUACAUUGUGCUUCCUUGGGCACAGGGUGGAAACCUGCGACAAUUCUGGGACGAGUACUCCCUCGUUGGUGCCCAAGAAGGCAUAAGCUCUUUUGCGCCGCGGUACUCCAUGGACUGGAUGGCAGACCAAUGCUAUAACCUGGCUGAUGCCAUUGCCACCAUUCAUGGCCAUCGCUCCGAGUUGGGAGGGUUUGCUCUUCAGCCUCAGCUACAUCAAGACAUCAAGCCCGAGAAUGUUGUCUGUUUUGCUGAUUUUAUUGGCGGAAGACCAUUAUGCAUCCUAAAGAUAAUCGACUUCGGCUUGGCCUUGCCAGUCGUUGAUGGCUACGUGCGGCGGAACAGCGUCGUCCAAAUCAAGACUUAUCGGCCACCCGAAGAAGCGUUUCCCCACUCAAUGAUAGGUACUUCCUGGGACGUAUGGUGCUUGGGUUGCCUCUAUCUUGAGUUCGCUAUCUGGGCUCUGAACGGAUCAGUUGGGAUCGAUGACUUUCAAGCCGAGCGCCUCAAGCAAGUACACGACGCAUACGACGACGAUGAAUUCCCUCCCGUUCUAGAAGAUACUUUCUUCUCCAUGCGUAGAGUAAAGGACAUUUCAGAUAGGAUGAAGACUACGAGUACCACGUUCGAAGGCGCGAAGAUGGUCCCGGUGCUCAAAGAAUCAGUCACGAUAAAAAUAGAGUCUCUUCUAAAUGACUCUAUGUGCACACAAUUCCUUGCUGCUCUGCUUGAAUUCAUGGAAUCGAAUAUGCUUGUCGCAGAUAGCGGCAACCGAGCUACAUCGGCUGAGGCCCGCGACCUAUUGGCACGAUGGAGAGUCACGGAACAGUAG